AUGUCCAUUGAGCAUAAUGGUCCACUGGCCAUCGCAUCCAUCGGCGUCGACGCAGAAGAAGCCUGGUGGUACCACGCACAUGUUAUAUGCGGCAAGAAGCUGACUCUGAGUAUAGUCCUGCUAGGCCUAAUAGCCGCUCCUGCCCUGGUGCAUGGAUCGUCUGAGGUCAAAGAAGAAAGUGCUGAUGCAAAGUUUUUCCUGAAAUCUUACCAGACGACGACUGUCACGACGCUGAGCGUCGUGCUGACGACUGUGCCUUACUUCUGUGCUGUCACAACAACGGCAGCAGGUAGUCCACCACCACCACCUAUUCAAGCCUGUACUGGUCGUAACUUGAGGCGGAAGCGAAGACUCAGCAUCCGUGACAAGAUUCCAGAGAAAAGCGUCCAGCUGGAGGAGUCAAUAGAGGAAGUCCCACAGGCGGUGAAGGAAGACAAGAACGAGAGGCUCUUCUUCACCUUGUGGCAAAGCACGACCACCACUCUCACCGUGACAUCAACCUUGACCAACACCAGCAUCACCAUUUCGGCUUCAGCCCUUUGCACCUUCGCUAAUUACAACGUCCCUCUGUGCUAAAAGGGCAUUCACAUAGCAGCUCUUGACAGGAGGAAAAGGAUUCGUAUGUUUGGUUUCCCUCCAGAUGUAUCUUAGAAUUUAGUAAGUUAGGUUAAGAAAACUUUUAAACCUUGUAAAUCAGUGUGUUUUUCUUGCGACCCUGUAUACAAUAAAUAU